AUCAGAGUUGCCCAGUGAUUGGCCGGCCGGGUGCAGGUGGGCGGACACUGAAGCGUGACUGUGUUUUCUUCCGGUGUGCACACAUCUUGUUGCGGUGUUUCGCUGUCAUUGUGAGGAUGGCAGAAAAAAAGUUCCUGGUUUCCCAGCUGACGAAUUACCUGAGGGAGGAUCGCAUUCAGUUGUGGAAAUCCCCGUACACCACAGAUAAGCAGGAGGCCGGGCCUGAGCUGAAAGCACUGUCUCAGAAAUAUUGUGAAAGGUUGAAAUACAGUGUGGAAGAUAUAGCCAGUGCAUUGGAAGAUAUCCGCUGCUCUGCAAUACAGCGUGGCAUUAGGAAUGAAGCAUUUAAAACAAAAGGAUUGGCGUCUCUGCAAGUUUUUUUACCUCGUAAACUUAAUAAAGUAUCCAAAAACUUCAUAGAAACAUCCCUAAAUAUCACGGGGAAGGAGUUGAAAUGUCAAAUUGCACAACAAUAUGGACUAGAAGAGAGUCACCUAAAGAUAAUUGUGAACCGGAAACAGCUUGAAACUGAUAAAACUCUGCAAGAACAAGGUGUUUGUCACAACUUCAAGGUUUUGAUUUUAGAGCUCAGCUACACUGAGGAGGAAGCAAGGAAGCGUGCACACAAUGAAGAGAAGGAGAGAGAAGAGGAGGCACUAAAGGACGAGAGUGUGAAGAAAAAGAUGAUGCGCACAAGAAAAGGAUUGGAGAUCCUCGCAGAGAGAGGGGAGAGCUCCGAUCCAGAUACAACGCCAUAUCUGGAAAUUGCAAACCAGACAGGACGUUCAAUCAAUAUGCCUAAAGCGGCAAAAAGGGCUCUCAUGCUGGCUAUGGGAUAUCAUGAAAGGGGAAGAGCAUUCCUGAAGAGAACAGAAUAUGCCUUAGCAUUGCCUUUCUUGCUGGAUGCAGACAAACAUUUCUGCGAGUGUGGAACAGAUCUACUAAAUUCAGUAGAUAACUAUGCUGUCCUACAACUCGAUAUCGUGUGGUGCUACCUCCGCUUGGGACAGUUAGACUGCCUGGAUGAUGCGGAUUCCAAACUCAACAUGUCCCAGAGGUGCUUCAACAAGUGCUAUGGAGAAAACCAUGAAAGACUACUCAACAUUAAAGGGAGUUACGGGAGAGAGAAAGUUCUGUUCCUGAGACUCUAUCUGCUGCAGGGGAUAGUGAAUUACCACAAUGGUAGGGCCAGAGAGGCGACAGAGAAACUGUCCGAGGCACACAGAUUGUACAAUGAACUAUCCAUAGACCCUACAAAGGUGGAGACUCUCUUACAGCUGGGAUGUUCAGCUCAGGAGGCACGCCUGGCACUAAGAGCCUGCGAUGGGAAUGUGGAACAUGCUGCAAAUCAUAUCGCAUGUAAACGAGAGGAGAAAGCAAAGAUAAGAAAAGAAGAGCGAGAGAAGAGAAAAAAGAGGCUGGAUAAGAUUAAUAUCUUGAGGGGGAUGGGCUAUUCUGAGACUGCUGCAGCAGAAGCCCUAAGUCAAGCACGAGGAAACAUUGACCGUGCAGUGCAGAUUCUCCUUGAUAGCCCAGAGAUGCUUAUCCCCCGUGAUGAUCCAGCAGGCAGUGAUUUAUACAAUGUGCCUCAAGAGCGUGUAGAUCAGCUGGUGUAUAUUGGGUUUACUCCUGAGGCAGCUAAGGCAGCUCUCCAGCUUUACAUGGGUAAUGUGGAAUUAGCUUCUCAGAUUCUGGCUCAUUACCAAGGAAUCCUCCCUCCUCACCUACUCCAAGACCUGGUAAACUCUCCCAACUUAAAGGAUUCCCAUGCAUCAUCCUCAGAAUCUGCAGGGACAAGCACGUCAUCUUACAAUGAACCAGAAAUCGAUCCGGUUAAAGAAAUUUUGGAUGAUAUUCCUGAACAUGAGGAGGAUUACCUGGAUUUAACUUUAGAAGAAGAAGGGCUCGUCGUUGGGGAAUAUCUUUCUUACCUUGAAAAGAUCUAAUGUAUCAGUUUAAGAACACUUCUGUUCUUUUUAAGGCACUUUUUACUGCUGACCUUUAUUUUAUUAUUUAUAUAGCUGAUGCUUUAUUAAUUUAAAUGGGUUGUCUCCUCAAAGACAUUGGUGACAUAUUGCUAGAAUGUGCCACCAAUGCCACAAUAGUACCUAGAAUAAAUUGGCAGCGGCCAUUAUAGUCACUAGGUGUCCAGAAAUAGCCACCAGCAUACAAAUUUGCACAACGUUUUACCGGUUGCCGCUGCCACCUCAUUCUUAUAACUGGACAUUGGUGGCAUAUCCUAGUGAAAGCAAGUAAUUGUGCAUCGGAAGACAUUAUUACACAUAAUUUCUAGCAAAAUGUUGUAAUUUAAUAUAAUUUUGUGUUUUUAUAUAAACCAAUGCAGUAAGCACACGGGCUAUAAUCCUACACCAGCAGCUGCCAAAGGAUUUGUAUGCUAGGUAUGCUGACUGCAGCAUUUUUGCUAUAAAAUAUCUAGUACUUGUAACAGGCGGAAAUGCAUAUCAUCUAGUUGUUAUAUACUCCAGUGUUUUUUUGUUUUUUCAAACAGUGUGCCUCCAGCUGUUGCAAAACUACAACUCCCAGCAUGCCCGGACAGCCACUGGCUGUCUGGGCAUGCUGGGAGUUGUAGUUUUGCAACAGUUGGAGGGACACUGUUUGGAAAACACUAACAUACACAAACUUUGGUUCAGAGACCAAACUUAAGUUGCGGUUUUCUUCCUUUGGAUGACUGAUUAUGAUUUUUUUCAUAGAAAAAUCUGAUGUUUUCUUUUAUAUUUAAUUGUACGCUCACGAAUGCGCCCCGCAGUGCCUCCGCUGUCCCACCUUGGACAGUGAUUGGCUGAGGGGUAGUAUGACGCUCUGGGCCCGGGCUUCGCGAUUUCUGACAUGAAGAGGAUCGCAGCAAGGGACUGGAGCGGGACACCGAAGGCACCGAGGGGGCACUGAAGGUAAGUAAAGUUUUUUAUUUUUUUAUUUAUUUUUUCAUAUACUGUGCAAUGGCCAAAGGUCCCUCACAAUAGAUAACCACUUCAAAAGAAGUCAAGGUGGCUUCUAAAUAAGGGAUCUUCUCAUACUCAGUCACCCACUGCUACCACUCCACUGCACAUUGCUUCCUGGUUAUUUUGUUUACCAAUCACAGGCUGAGGCGGGUCACUGCUGUUACCAGUGAUUGGCUAAGCAGGCAUUUCCUGUGCGUUUAGAUGUCACCAUGAAGCAGUGUGAACGAGACCUGGGCUCCAUUGAAAUGGCAGUGGUGGGGGAUCAGUGGCAGGUGAGUAUGUCUUAUUUUUGAGCAAAGAGUUCCUUUUAAAAAUGUUUUCUCUUUACAGACAACCCCUGAAUGAUUGCAUACUGUACUAAAAGUAUUUCUAAUAAUAACUAUUGUAGGUAUUUCUAUGGAAAGAUUGCUGCCCAGUUGUCAAAGUGUACCCUUCAGAUUGUUAGAAUUCCAUAAGCAAUCAUUAUAAAUAAUGAUUAAAGUAACACCCCAACCGUGUUAUGGCUGGCUCUGAGGGGCGGAGCAUGAUACAAAAAUCCACUGAGAAUUGUGCUGCCAUGCACUGCUACCUCAGACCCUAUAGUUAACUAAACACUCAGUUGUGCCCAGAGUCUCCUUCUUAAAGAAAAAUUCAGCUACAAGACAAAGCAAGUGUGUCCUGGUCCGAUUUUUAUUGGAGCGAUCUGUGUAUAUUUUUUUAGUCUUAGCAAUAGUUGUCAUUGUGACUUUCUGGGAUCUGAUUAUUGCACAUCAUUUCUUAUAACUUUAUUCCUUUUAUAUAAAGGCAAAAGCCUGGUAUUUGAUUAUAUGUGACUGAUCCAGACUAAAAGGCCUGGAGAGGCAGGGUCUCCAUCAAGGGCCAUAGUGUACAAAUUAAAGGGGUUAUCCACCAUAAGAUGAUUUUAGCAGCUACCUGCUAGACAGUAAUGGACCUGCAUAGGAAGGAUCUGCGCUUGUUUGUUGUGAGAUUACCAUAAAGCUGUGGCUUUCUUUUUGUGACCCUCAGUAUUUCCUGCUGAAGUUUUCUUUUUUUUACUACAAAUCCAAGAAUUCCACUUUCCCACACAUCAGCCACCCCACCCACUGAACAACAAACAAGCUAGAUUCAAUGAAAAAGGUCAGUACUUUCUAAUCAGGGUGCCUCCAUUUGUUCAACCCAUUGAAGCAGACAGGCUCCCUGUCAUCACCUGACAAGUGAUGUCAGGUCUCGGCCGCACUGCACCCUGGGAAAUACCAGAGACAGGAGUCAUUUUUUUUGCUGUUAAAAAUGAACAUCCAGAGCAAAGUGCACAUAAGAAUACGAGACCAGCCAUUAGAGACAGGUACAGACACUAUAUUAUGAACUAUACUAUAACUUUACAGCCCCUGUAGCAUAAUCAAAUAUGCUGGAAUACCCCUUUAAUGUUAAAGCACAGCUCCAUAUGUACAAAUCACUUAAGUGCCUUAUUGUAGUAUUGUUUGUGUAAUGUAUCUUGAUUUCAACAUAAAUUUGCACUGUCUGGAAGAAUUAACUUGUACUUCUAGCUUAAAGAUUAAUAAUAAAUAAUACAAUUUUUGGAAAUGAAAUGGUACAUCUACUUUUGAAAUCAUAUUUUUAUUAUUUCUGUGUAUCUAAAAAUCAAGCAACUUUGCAAAAAAAAUAUAUAUAUAUACAUACACUAUGUGCAUUCAUGCCAUGUGUAUAUUCUCUUUCUGUAGUCAUGUAUUACUCCAUUCCAUUGCUUAUACUUACUAAUCUACAGGCAGCAAUAGUAGGGGCAAAUAAAUUUAGUAAAGCAAGCCUUUCACAUGCCAAAAUAUUUAGCUGACAUCUGUCUCUCCUGAUCCAUUUCUGCACAUAAACCCCUAAAUCAACAGGUUCAGACACAUUUUUUUAUAGUGUAUGUGAGUCUCCCACUAUAUCUUCUUGAUUAUAACCCCUCACCCAUAGUGGAAGGGAGAUAGAGUUGGCUGAAUUCCUGGCUAGAGUGUACACAGAAACGGAAAGUCUGUUCCAAGUUGUAUAGUAGACAGUAAGUUGGGCUAAUAGAGACAACAGCAGACAGUUUGCAUUAAUAUCAGGACAUGCUAAAGCAUGAAAGUAAAAAAAUUUAUUUACCAAUAUAUGUUAAUUUAUUAGACAAGUGAAAAUCGGGUUCAUAGCCAUAAACCCUUUAACACACCUGAAGGAUCAGAUUUCCCACAGGUUUGUAGUCUGUAACUACAGAGACACAUAUAAUCUGCAUAACAGCCCAAAUUUGUAGGACGUUUUUUAUCUGUAUUAUUUGCAAAGUUGCUAUAAUUUUUUUUAAGAUAACUGGACCAAUAAAUUUAAAAAUCAGAAAGUGUGCAUACCCUUUGAAAGGGGUACUCCGGCCCUAAUACAUCUUAUCCCCUAUUAAAAGGAUAGGAGAUAAGAUGUCUGAUCCAAUCUGUCAUUGCGCUGGAGGCUCAGAGUGUGCAGCAUGACGACCGCGGGGCCAGAGUAUCGUGAUGUCACGACUCCGCCCCAGUGUGAUGUCACACCCCGUCCCCUCAAUACAAGUCUAUGGGAGGGGGCGUGACAUUCGUCACGCCCCCUCCCAUAGACUUGCAUUGAGGGGUCAGGGCGUGAUGUCACAUCCUUUGGAUAGGGGAUAAGAUGUAUUAGAGCCGGAGUACCGCAUUAAAGUUUACUGGUCAGAAUAGUGCUUCUAAGUUCAGAUUUUUUUCUUUUGGAAUUCUAACCACCAUGUAGGAAAGAGUUGUCUACAGCUGGAACUAGUGUAAACUAAUCUACGAUUAAUAUGUUUGUGUUAUGAAUGAAUAACUUUGGAUCUACAUUAAUGUUAUUAGUGAAUGUGGUUUGACUACAGAAGGGGGCUGUUGUCUUCUGACGUUAGUAAAACAGUCACUGGUCUGAAGAAUAUUAAUAAUUCUUUAUGUUACAUAGUGCACAGAUUCUGCAGAAGUAAUGGCUUCCUUCGGCCAAUAUUGUUCAAGCACAAUUCAGUAUUAAAAAUUGCUCUCUGUUGUUAGCAUUCUGUUGAAUUGCAGAAAACUAUUGCACAAUUGUGACACUUUACUAAUCCAUGUUGUACAAAUCUUUGCUAUUUAAAGGUUUCUAAUUUUCCAAAAAGAAACUGUAAAUCUUUAAUGGUGUAUUCACAUCUACAGUAAUUUGCGCAGAUUUGAUGCCCAGGACUUAAUGAGCAGAUUUGAUGCUGCAGAUUCCAAUAUAAACUAAAUGAAUGAACACAGCUUGAAAUCCUGUGCAUCAAAUCUGCACAGGAUACUGUACGUGUGAAUAGACCCUAAAGGAGCAAAGAUGUGUAUGACACAGAUUAGUUAAGUUUCACAAUUGCAAUUGACUACUUUCUUACAGCGCCAACUUCUAUCUUCUGUGACUGCGAUUUACAGAAAUUUUUCAAAGUGAAACAAAAAAAAUUCACCAUUCAUAGUUUUCCACAAAGUUGUGUGUAUGUGUAAAGGUAUGCAGUAAGUCUCAUCCAAUCCUUACCUUAUAUUGAAGUGAAUGGAGUGUGCGGUGAAUUAAGUCACUUAAUGGUAUGGAGCACUUCAUUUUAGGAUUUUUGAUUAGAAUGGAGAAGACCCUGCGCCUAUCACUGGCUGAGGCGGGACAUCUCUGCGUCGGCGCUAAGCCCAGUGCGAUGCACAAGGCCCCGAAUGCGGAAGAAGACCGAGAGGCACUAGAAUAGACACUGGAGGGGUGGGACUGGGAUAGUCAAGUAUUACUCGUUUUUUUAUUUUUACCCCAACCCCAGCAAUACAUUUUAUUACACUGGAAUACCCCUUUAAAGGGGUAAUCCAGUGCUUAGACAUCUUAUCCCCUAUCCAAAGGCUACCACGCCCCCUCCCGUAGGCUUGCAUUGAGGGGUGGAGCGUGAUGUCACACGGGGCGGAGGCAUGAAGUUACACGCCGCCGACCCUGUAGUCGCCUGUAAUCAUACCCGGAGCGAACACGCUCUGGGGACUGAUUACAAACUGGGUGCCGCGUGCAUGAUCACGGGCGUCCCCAGCUGCGGGACUCCCGCGAGCAGGCAUCUUAUCCCCUAUCCUUUUUUUUUUUGGGCUGGAGUACUCCUUUAACAAUACAAUAUUAGGCAAAGUGACUGACUUAGCAUCAGCUCCACUCUAUCUUUUAUUAUGGUAGACAAUAAGACAAUAACUUCCUGUUAGGUCAUAUUCAUUAGGCCUGCAGCACAUAUGGCUGAGUUUUGUAAGUAUAGGUUCCAAAAAGCACAUGACUUUUUACUAAAGAUAAGAAUGGAAAUACAUUUAUUUUUGGGAAAUGUUCUUCAUACUUUUCCAGCAGUGGCAGCUGCAGGUCCCUACAAUAGUACUGACAAACCUGCAGUCUGAGUUAGGCUUCUUUCACGCUAACGUUUGUGCCCGUCAGUGUACAGGUCGUUAGGAAGAUAAUGGGAGAAAAAUUUGCGCAUGACUCUUCUUUUUCUCCAGCUAUCUUCGGCCGCAAUAAAGGGAGUUCUAACGGACGUUAGAGGAAUCCCAUUCAAGUUAAUGGGAUCCUCUUUGCCCGUUAUAAGUCCCGUUUUGCUCUGUUACAAUAACGGACGUUAAUGGCAGCCAAAGUAGAAAAAAAAAGCCAUUAACGUCAGUUUAUAACGGAGCAACAGUCAUAGUGUGAGAGAAGCCUAAGAUUUAUUUUAUAAAGUUCCUUGUGUAUUGCUACAAAUAAUAGUAUUCCUGAUCUCCAGCCUCCUUCCAUUUGCUUUAUUACUAGGAGUGUGUUAACACCAGCAUUUGUAUAGAGAUGCACAGCACAAUAAUGUGGUGCUCAUUUGAAUAUUAAAUAUAUUAUCUAGUUGCCUAAUGAAAACACAAUGAAAUAAAAUGUAUUUUACUAAUAUUAUGCAAUGCCGACAACGUACCGAUAUAGAAAAACGCUUAGUAACACAUCUCAUUAGUAGACCAUAGAACCAUCAAGUUUACUAGACAACAUCCUCUCCAUAUAAUAGACAUAUUACAGACAUAUUAUAGAGGUUCUAUAAUCUGGGAACCUUUUUGUAAUAGGAGACUUUGUUUUUCUAGUGUUAUGAUAUUCUUUACGAUUAAAUAUGGUUUUUCUAAUUUACCAGUAAAAACAUUGGAUGUCCCUGAUUUUUAAUAAGUUGUCCCAACAAAAAUUCAAGUUGGCACCCCUGUAGGUCCUACUCCUAGGCUGGUAUGCGUUGGCAUUGAUGCAUUAUCCUUCUACCCUGGAGCAGCAGUCCCUGAAAUUGUUCUGAAAUAUCACAUAGUGUUGGCAUUUUAACAUGUAUUUCCAAAAGUGUCCCCAAACAAUGGAACCUAUGUAAAUGGUGAUGACUGAGCCAACAAUACACAACAUAAUUUGAACAAUAUAGAUUUUGUAUGCAUCCGUUUCUCAAUGUCCCCCUUUAAGUGGGGAUAACUGUUGGAAAACUUGUCAAAGCAUGUCAAUAAAUUAAUAAGACCACUUUUCAUGUCUGUGUCCUGUUCCUUUAGUUCUAAAUGUCUACACUUAAGCAGGUACUAAGGUAGACAAUAUUCACAGAUUCAAACCCACAUGUACCAUGCCUGAUGCAACAAAAUGAGACACAUUUCUUAUGCUGUGUGCCAAAAAGGACAGGAAAAUAUACCUUCUUCAACACGGGCCUAUCAGGAAGAUUACAUAAAAGGCCAUACCGUGCUCCAAAUUAGUGUGCCAAAAUUUUGGCGCAUUACUUUUACCUGAAGAAAGCCAACUCUUAGUUGGUGUAAUUUACUGCAAACUAAAACCAGACAGUCUACAGAUGCACCAGAUUUAUCAAUUAGUCUGAGCUACUGAGAUAAAUCCGGCACAUUAGUAGUCUGUCCAUUUUAGUUUGCACUAAGAAUAAGAGUUUUCGUAAAUUCCACCCUCUGUAGUUCUAUAAGAUUAGACAGGUAGAAAAAGCACAGCAUGUUAUGCUAUUCUUCCUAUCAAAAUGACAUACCAUGUGAGACCUUUUCUGCUUCCUAACAACCCCCUUAAGUCCAAAGUCAACACUGGCCAAUUCUUCGGAUUGGUACUGGUUCCAGUAGCUAAACUCUACAGACACACGGAUAUUUGACACAUCAUCGAGACAAGACUAGUGCACGGUAAUAUUGCAGCAUUUUCUCAUAGCAACCAAUCUGCCCUACAGCUCUGAUUUUGGUCGACUGUCUAAAGUAUAUGGUGGCCUGGCUUUCCACUGUAGAAGAUGUCAGUGGAGAAAAGGGUCAGGCAGUGAAGAUCAAACACUUCUAUUGUUCCGGAAGGCAGAAGCCAUCGGCAGAACUGUCUGGCUGAAGCUUACCACUCCACUGCCCAUAGCACACACAUGAACAUAUAUUAUUUAAUGUAUAUGAGCACCUUUAGUCUUGUAAAAGUCUCAGCCUUUACCAAGUGUUCCAAUUCUCUGCAGAAGAUUGGAAUGAGGCUCUGGACUAUGUCACUCCAGAAGCGGAACACUUGAUAAGUGGAAUGACUUUUACUAGACACUGGGGUUCACCACCU